GCCGCUACUGCAAUGUGUCGAAGGAACAUUGAAGCGGUCCUUGAAAUUGGCAACUCGCCAAAUCUUACGACACGCCACUCCUUCUUUGUACAGUACACGCUUGCAGAAAGAAUGGUUAGAUUAAGUCUGCUGUCCGUUUGCACGGCAGCUAUCUUGAACUACGCAUUUGCAAGCGAGACUUCACCUCCAGUUCAAGUGGAGGUACAAGCUCCUUGGACCGCGCCCAAUCUUGGACUCGAGAUCUUAGAAUAUGUGUCGGCUGAGAAUAGCUCUGCUUACUUUCCCUUCCUAUCUGAUCUGGUUGAGUUGGCUCCAAACUUAAAAAGCACUCAGCAUAUGUACACAGAGCUCCUAAACAUCAUACAGCAAAAGCACUACCUCAAACCUGACUUGAUGGAUAUUACGAAACUGGCAUUGUCAAUGAGAUCCACAGCCCCCAAAGUGGAAGCGUAUCAUCACUACUACUCCAAUGUUGUCGUUCCCAGAAUGAAUAAUACCGCCAACAUAGCCUUUGACGAGAAAUGUGAGAGCUGGGUGGAAUUUGACGGACAGCAAUUCUGUGGUUCACAAAAGCUUCAGAAAGCAAUCAGUUCCAACAAGAAAAAGGACCUGCAUGAUCAUUCUGUUCUUACCUUUGACCAUAUCUUUACGAGCUCGAGCUCAGAAGCUGGGACUGCUAUCUUGUAUGGUGAUGUCAUGUCGACGGCAUUCUCUGACCUCCACAACAUCCUUUACAAGGCUGCUCAGGAAGACAAAAUCACAUACAUCAUUCGUUAUAAGCCUGGCAGCAAUGUAAACGACACAGUUGUAUUGUCUGGUUACGGAAUUGAAUUGGCACUCAAGAAUACUGACUACUUGGUCAUCGAUGAUCGCGACGUGAGUGCCAAAGAGGAGACGAAUGGUAUUAGACAGAAGCUAGCCAACUUUGGAAAACAAAUCGAAGAAAAUCUUUUUGGCGUUGAGAAGGUUACUAUGGAACCCUUGAUCGCUGGUCAAAUCAAAGAUCUUGGUAUUAAGGCAGCGGAGUUCAUUCUCGACAGCAAGGACGCCUUAUCCACAUUGAAGCAACUCUCACAGGAUUUCCCGAAAUAUGCCAAUAGCCUUACUGAGGUUGAGGUCAACCAAACCUUACUCAAGGAAAUUUCUUCAAAUCAAGCCUUUGGCGUACGACCAGGAAUGAACGCGAUGUGGCUCAAUGGUAUCAGCUUGGAUGCGGAUCAAAUUGACCCUUACACACUAUUGACCUCAUUGAAGAAGGAACGAGUUCUUGUUCAAGCCUUGAUUGACAUUGGGCUCUCCCCGGCUGAUGCCAUUACACUGCUUACCCACCCUGCACUUGCCAGUCAAAAAAAUAACAAUGAAGAGGCUGACGAUGUCUUUGAUGUUCGUGACGAUUCGGAUGAUGAAAACAUCGUCAUUUGGUGGAAUGAUAUUGAAAACGAUGAUCGGUACUCUGAUUGGCCGGAUGAUAUUUUCGAUCUUUUGAAGCCUACUUACCCUGGUCAAUUACGUACUAUUCGUAAAAACAUUUUUAAUGUACUCUUUACCGUUGAUCUAUCGCAACCCAACUGGGCUGCAACCAUCGGUGGAUCUGUGCAAGAUAUGAUUAAGAAAGGCUAUCCUAUUAGAUUUGGUGUUGUUCCCAAAUUCGGAAGUCACAGAGAAAGCUCAGAAACAUCGAUGGCUCUUUGCGUACACUAUUUUAAGGAAGAACAUGGGGCAGCAGCUGCAAUACAAUUUAUGAAUGAGGCUCUUCAAAUUGCUCAUGGCAAAGAAGAGAAGCAAUUUAGUCUCGAUACCGUGAAAGCCGCCUUUGAUGCCACAUCAGAGAGCGUAUUCAGCGACGAAAAUCAAAAAACGUUUGAUCAAGUCAUUCAUGGAUUUGAUGAAUAUAUUGAAGACACUACCAAAUAUCAAAGACGACUUUCUGUUUACGAUAACAGUGACCAAGCAGUCUUCAUCAAUGGCAAAUUGUUUUUGAUAGCCGAAGAUCAGCCAUGGAUGCAAAUUUUGAAUAUGGGACUGGGCCAACAAAUGCAAGACAUCGCUCGUCAAAUCUAUUAUGGUGAUAUCAAAGGAGAUACCGAUGUAUAUGAGCACGUUCUGACACAGCCCAACGUUCAGAAAAGACGCAGUGCUUUUAUUGUUGAAUCAGAAUUGAAUCCCCUCAAUACACUUCCAUUGGAAAAAAUCGAUUAUCCUCUUCAGAAUUUGCAUUACCUACACCGAGAUCAAACACCUGAAGCUGCUAGUACCUCCAUCUGGGUUAUUGCGAACUUGGACGAUGCUGACGGCGUUAAACUCGUGCAAACUGCUUUAGAAGCUGCUGCUGCUAAUCCAGCGGUGCGAGUAACCAUCAUGCAUAACCCUAACCUUAGUGCAAGUGCAAAGUUGACGGAUCCGGAUACGGGAGUUAAACUUUCCAAUGUUAUUUAUCAAGCUCUUUACGAUGCAGACAUUUCAGUCGACGAUCUCAAAAGUACUUUUGAUGCUGCUCUCAAGACUGAAGGCCAUGUUGGUUUGGUGGAUCAGAUCAAGGCAUUCUCUGCUGGGUCUCCUAUUGUUGAGAUGAUUACCGGAGGACAUGCAAAGGAUUGGAGCAAGCUAUUUAGCAAACUGAGCGAUGCUGGUCUUCAACGAGACUUCCAAGGCGUGGUUAUCAACGGCAGAAUCGUCGGCCAUGGCAUCACCUUUACGAAUGAUGACUUUAAGUUAUUGGUAGAGCACGAGACAAAGAGACGUAUUGGUCCCGUCACCCGCGCCUAUCAAGAGAUUCAAAUCGAUGCAAACCUUCAUUCUGAUGAACAGUACGAUCAACAGAAGAACUUGGACCCCGAUAUGGUUAUGCUGCUUACUUCUCUCAUUAGCCGAGCAAGUCAAUUUAGCGAUUUUACUAUCUUCGUACAGCACCAAGGAGAAUCCCGAAACCGUAUUUACCAGAAGUUGAAUGGAGAACACUGCAGAAUUGUUUCAGGAGAUAUCUCCACGGCCAAAUACCAAGUUGGGGUCAUCUUGGAUCCAGCCAGUGAAAAUGCACAAAAAUGGUCAGCCAUUCUUGAGGUUUUGGCAAAGAUCGAAGACAUAUAUCUGGAAAUUUACUUGAACCCCUCUCUUAACUUGGAGCAACUCCCAUUGAAACGAUUCUAUCGAUAUGUCUUGGAUAGUGAAUUGCACUUUGAUGAAAACGGCGAUUUGGAGCAUCCUACCGCUUACUUUGCCAACCUUCCAGAAGAUCCUCUUUAUACUCUUGGUACCGAAGAGAUCAAGUCCUGGCAUAUUACACCGAAGGUUGCCAAUUACGAUCUUGAUAACAUCUUACUCAAAGCCAUUGAUAAAUCCCAUAGAGAAAGCGGUGUUACGGCUGUUUUUGAACUCGAAUACAUCCUUGUUGAGGGCCACUGCCGUGAUAUGAGCAGUCAAGGCCCACCCCGUGGACUUCAAUUUGUAAUGGGCUCUGCAACCGCAGCCAACAUGACGGAUACUAUUGUCAUGGCCAACCUUGGUUACUUCCAGCUCAAAGCGAGUCCCGGUGUCUGGUUACUCUCUAUCAGAGAGGGUCGUUCAAAGGAAGUAUAUGAACUUGAGAGUGUCGGUAACGAAGGCUGGAACAGUCCCUCUAUCCAAGAUUCUGGUAAUAGCAUUGAUCUUCUGACUUUCCAAGGUGCCACCAUAUAUCCACGUGUAAGAAAAUACGAGGGCAAGGAGAGGGAAGAUGUUUUGGAACCGACUAGCGACACAACGGCUCCGUCUCAUGGAAAAGAAGAUGGAACCUGGGCAUCAUGGAAGAGCAAGAUCUUCAAAAGCAAAACAACUGAACAGCAGAGCGUUAGUGAUACUGUUCAUGCAGAAAUCAACAUUUUUUCUGUUGCCUCUGGUCAUCUGUACGAACGCUUUUUGUCCAUUAUGAUUCUCUCCGUUCUUGAGCACACUGAAAGUACUGUUAAAUUCUGGUUCAUUGAAAACUUUUUAUCUCCCAAGUUUAAGGACUUGAUUCCAGAAAUGGCAGAGGAAUUCGGAUUCAGAUACGAAUUUGUUACCUACAAGUGGCCAUCUUGGCUCAGAAGCCAAACCGAACGACAGAGAACAAUUUGGGGCUACAAAAUAUUGUUCUUAGAUGUGCUUUUCCCAUUGAACUUGGAUAAGGUUAUUUUCGUCGAUGCUGAUCAGAUUGUGAGAACUGAUCUUAAGGAACUUGUGGAUAUGGACCUCAAGGGAGCCCCAUAUGGCUAUACACCUUUCUGCGAUGAUAGACGAGAGAUGGACGGCUUCCGCUUCUGGAAGCAAGGAUACUGGAAGGAAUUUUUGCAAGAAAAGCCAUAUCAUAUCAGCGCUUUGUAUGUCGUUGAUCUAGUUCGCUUCAGACAAUUGGCAGCAGGAGACCGUCUUCGUGCCCAGUACCAACAGCUUAGCGCUGAUCCAAAUUCUUUGGCCAACUUGGACCAGGAUCUCCCAAAUAACAUGCAACACGACGUCCCCAUUUUCUCUUUACCUCAAGAAUGGCUUUGGUGCGAGACAUGGUGCAGCGACGAGAGCUUGAAGAAAGCCAAAACAAUUGAUUUGUGUAACAACCCAUUGACAAAGGAACCGAAACUAGAUAGAGCUCGCCGACAAGUCCCAGAAUGGGAAAAAUACGACAAUGAAGUGGCAGACUUCCAAAAGAGGUUGAACAAGAAGAAGUCUACUGAUAAAGACGAUUCUGAUGCUUCUGAAUCCACAAAAGAAACCAUGGUAAUGCAAGAGCAACAACCAGCAUUCACUAUGGACCCCGCGGAUUUGGUGGAAGCUUUGGAUGCUAUGGGAGACCAACAGCAGCCAGCUUCACAGCAAGGAGCAGAGUUUAGAGAUGAGCUCUAAUCAUACCUCAAAAAUAAAGCAUAUUUGAAUCAUGCCACCCAUGGCCAUUUUAAAGUUA